AAUCACACCUCUUAUAUCUUCUUCAAUCUCUUCUUUCACUUUGAUUCCCAUUCUCCAAUCCUCAUGAAGCUCUCAAUAUGCCUUUGCUUCUUCUCCUUCUUCCUUUCACUCCUCAUCUCUGGGCAUUUAGGGAAUGUUGAAGGUUCGGGGCAUCGGCGGCGGGAUGAGAAGAAGGCACCGACGGCGCUGUUUGUGUUUGGGGAUUCGUACGCCGAUACCGGAAACCUGCCGAAGGCGGUGGCGUCAUCUUGGAAGCAGCCUUAUGGCAUCACCUUUCCCGGCAAGCCCUCCGGGAGGUUUACCGACGGUCGUCUCUUCACUGAUUUCCUUGCUAAGUUGCUGGGAUUGAAGUCUCCCAUACCGUUCAAAUGGAUAAAGUACGCCAUGCAUCGGCUGCAAUAUGGAAUGAACUUUGCAUAUGGCGGGACAGGAGUGUUUGAUACUUUAGUUGCAGCACCUAACAUGACUACCCAGAUUGAUAUUCUCGAGAAACUGAUUAAGGAUUCGGUGUACACAAAGAAAGACUUGGAGUCGUCGCUGUUCUUGGUCAGUGUCGCCGGCAACGAUUAUGCCUAUUACAUUGCCACCGGGGGCACUUUCGCGGGCUUGCCGGCGUUCUCGGGUCGUUUGAUGGAUCAAUUGGUGGCGGAUUUAAAGCGCAUCCGAGGAUUGGGAGCGAAGAGGAUAGCGGUGACGAGUCUGCCGCCACUGGGAUGCCUCCCGCGAAGCACCGCCGAGUUUUCGUUUAAACAGUGCAACGGCAGCGCGAAUUUAGGGGCCAGCUACCACAACAGCUUGCUGCAGAAUGCCGUCGCCGAACUGAACAAAGAAACCAAGGCUUCCUCGUACGUCGUUCUUGAUCUCUACACCUCAUUCUACGACAUCCUCCAGAAAAAACAAGGGACUAAGAAGUUCUCGAGUCCGUUGAAACCGUGUUGUCAGGGAGUGAAUAGCAGUUUCUUCUGCGGGGAUGUGGAUGAGAAAGGGGUGGCGAUGUACAAAGUGUGCCGUGAUCCUACGUCGGCGUUUUUCUGGGACACAGUUCACCCUACUCAAGCUGGAUGGAAUGCUGUUUAUACAUCUUUAAGAUCUACACUUGAACACAUAAUUUCCCAUUAAUCUUUACAAUACAUAGAUUCUUGAAUUGUGCCUUUGCCGCUGUUCUUGAGUAUAAUGUAUUCAAUUAACAUUGAAUAUUGGUGGGUGAAUUUGCUCCAUGCAACAAUCAAUAAUUAUUAAAUAAAAUUCAUUCAAUAAUUUAUGAUUGAA